CGAAAAGGACGGGGGAGCACGGUCCAUUCAGCCCUUUGACCAUACCCCGUUGUCUCUGCAUGAAUCUUCACCUUGCUAGCCCCUCGUUUCAACAGCCAGAUCUCGUAGAGAUUGUGGAGUUGUAAGCUUGGGGUGGCUUCAUAGCGCAUAACUUGUGUUUCUGGAAGUUUACCAAUGAGGCAACUUGUGGCUCUGUUCACCCUCAGGCCAACCCACAAAUCAUCAAACAGCAACGCAUAGAUCACUUUCUGCGCCGGAAGUUCAUCCGAAAACUCUCGACCGAGUUUCUUGUAGAUUUGAUCGCCUUGGUAGGACUUGACUUCCUCGUUUCGAUGACCCGGGCCUUCGGUCGUGGCUGCUGUCCGGCGUGUCCGACCACGCCACUCAUCACUUCGCCAAGUCCAUCCUGCUCAAUUGAGAUGUUCUAUGAUCCUACCGGGUACAGCCAUGAUAGCCAUAGUCGAUAGUAUAUAGUGAGGCGGUAUUCCGACUUCUCAACUCUUCAUCUCAGCAUCUCGCCUCAAGAUCCUAAUCACCACCACACUCAUUCUUUCUUUUCAGAAUUCCACACUCAUUACUUGAGCAGUCACUCACUUCAAUCUUUCUUCAUCAUUCAAUAUGUUCUCUUCCAGCAUUCUCUCCCUCGUCAUGGCCGCUGGCCUCGCUUCCGCAGCAGUCGUUCCCCGGACUCUCAACCCAGAUGAGAUCAUCGUCUAUGGAGAGGGCCGCGUCGAAAUCAUGAACAAGACCGCCUGGGAGUCCCUCCAAAACGGCGCCAUGAUUGGCAGACCAGCAGCCAUCCACCCAGAUCUCGUCUCCGGCACCGGGCCAGUCAACUCCACUGCUUCAACCCUCAACAAGCGUUGCGACAGCAUCACAGUCUUCACACCCAACCCAGUCCAAACUUUCCUCGACUGGGACGUCCUCAUGUCCUCCGUCAUCCACGCCACAGGAGAUUCAGCUACCGUCUCCGUCACUGAAGGCUAUUCCAUCUCCAACUCCGUUUCCGUCACCGCUGGUCUCUCGGCUGCUAUCCCAGAGACCUUCCUCACAGCUUCCUUCGGAAUCAGCUACUCAGAGACUUGGUCGUCUACCUACUCUGCUGCGUACACCUUCGGCGUUCCCGAUGGAAAGUACGGAGCUGUUGUCAGCAACCCAUGGACUACAAGACACAGCGGCUUCGUUGACUCUGGCUGCGUCGGCUCUGCUAGCCGUGCUUUCUACCAGGCAGACUCAUACACCAGCAAGGCUUCCGGUGGACUCUCUUGGGUCGAUGGAACGAUCAGUCUUUGCACUGGUGAUGAGUUCCCUCUCAAGAGAUGCUUGGGUGAGGGAACCUUGUAGAGGGGUCUAGAUGGAUGGACGGUUGUUUGCUUUUUCUCUUUUGUGCAUGGUUUCCGGGAGUUUGGGGAGAACGGAUAGACUGGUGGAGUAUAUAGACAUGGCCAACAGGCUCAAUUAGGAUCAAUAACACAUUCAGUGUUUGUUCAAACU